UUAAGUCGCAUUUGAUUUUUGAAAACUUCUAGUAUAUAUAAUUUUUCGGAAAACAAACAAACUUUGUCUGCUUCUAGUGUUUUGUUUUUGUUAGUUCUUUUCAUUUUUUGAAACAACGUGAGGCUCUAAACGCGGGUGGUAGCUGAGAAGACAACCUCAAAGAACGCGAAAUCUCAGACUUCUUUUUUCUCUAGAAGGAUAAUCUUCGAUCAAUUUUUAGGUUGUAGAAGAUGGCUGAUGGUGAGGAUAUUCAGCCCCUUGUCUGCGAUAAUGGAACGGGAAUGGUUAAGGCUGGAUUUGCUGGGGAUGAUGCUCCAAGGGCUGUGUUUCCUAGCAUUGUUGGUCGCCCACGUCAUACCGGAGUGAUGGUUGGCAUGGGACAGAAAGAUGCAUAUGUUGGCGAUGAGGCUCAAUCUAAGCGUGGUAUCUUGACUCUAAAGUACCCAAUUGAACAUGGCAUUGUCAGCAAUUGGGAUGACAUGGAGAAAAUUUGGCAUCAUACCUUUUACAAUGAACUUCGUGUUGCUCCGGAGGAGCAUCCAGUUCUCCUCACGGAGGCCCCUCUCAACCCAAAGGCCAACCGUGAGAAGAUGACUCAAAUCAUGUUUGAAACCUUCAAUGCACCUGCUAUGUAUGUUGCCAUUCAGGCUGUUCUUUCCCUUUAUGCUAGUGGUCGAACAACUGGUAUUGUGCUUGAUUCUGGAGAUGGUGUCAGUCACACAGUCCCUAUUUAUGAGGGAUAUGCUCUUCCACAUGCAAUCUUGCGUCUUGAUCUUGCUGGUCGUGACCUCACUGAUGCCCUGAUGAAGAUUUUAACUGAGCGUGGUUACUCAUUCACCACAACAGCUGAACGGGAAAUUGUGAGGGACAUGAAAGAAAAGUUGGCUUACAUUGCCCUUGACUAUGAACAAGAACUAGAAACUGCCAAGACCAGUUCUGCUGUUGAGAAGAGCUAUGAGUUGCCUGAUGGUCAGGUGAUCACCAUUGGGGCUGAGCGAUUCCGAUGUCCAGAAGUCCUUUUCCAGCCAUCUAUGAUUGGGAUGGAAGCUUCUGGUAUCCAUGAAACAACUUACAACUCCAUAAUGAAGUGUGAUGUUGAUAUCAGAAAGGAUUUAUAUGGCAACAUUGUGCUUAGUGGUGGCACCACCAUGUUCUCUGGUAUUGCUGAUAGAAUGAGCAAGGAGAUCACAGCUUUGGCACCUAGCAGCAUGAAGAUUAAGGUGGUUGCUCCACCUGAGAGGAAGUAUAGUGUGUGGAUCGGGGGUUCCAUAUUGGCAUCCCUCAGCACUUUCCAACAGAUGUGGAUUGCCAAAGCUGAAUAUGAUGAAUCUGGCCCUUCAAUUGUGCACAGGAAAUGUUUUUGAGCACAAGGAAGGAAAAGAUGGGCUUAAGCUUCUUGCAUUUUAAUAUUUUGGUUCAUCAUCUGUUUUUCUUGUCCCGGCACCUUGUCGUUUGGACAAUAACCUUGAAGGAUAGACGAUUGUUGGGGUAUUUAUAUUUUCAGUUAUCAUUUUUUUUAAGUGAGGGAUAAUUGCCCAACAAACUUGUUGCUAGUAUGUUAAUUCAUAUAAUCUGUACGUUAUUUGCUGGCUACCACCAAUUUGAUGAAUGAAUAAUCAAAUUUUUCGUAGUACGAAAAACGAUUUACCAAAUCCAUCAUA